GGUUAAUGAGUCAAUCAAAGGAGAGAGAGUUCGGAAGCAGAAACGCUCGUGCUAGAGAAAAAACAAAGACAAAAUUUAAAAUAAAUGUUAAACGCGUGUUAUAUGGAUUUGUUUCUUUGUUAAAGUGUUUUGUUUGUUUAUGCAUUAAUGUUAACCCAGGAGAUGUGUUAAUAGACUGUGAUUUCGUCUUAUCAACUGUUGGUGAGACCCUUUUUUUUUUCCCUUGGAGAAGAAACUGCCCGUUUGUGUUGAGUCGGAGUGCCUCUACGUAACGUUACGGGACGGAUAUACUACUGUACAUUCGGCGUAUUACCGUGGUGUUGUGUUAUUUAAUACUUUGAGUUUGACACUUAGAGAGAUCAUUUUGAGUUCAAGUUGUGAUCGGGCGAGUGAAAAGCACUCGGUGGCGAAAACUUGCAUUCAUCAAGACUGUUCGGUUUGCCUUGGGUCACGAGAAAUGUACCACUAUUCGCAGAAGAUCGUGUGUGAUGUCUCCGCUUAGAGAGUGAGUGAUCACCAGAGCAAAGGUACCUGUUAUUGGUUUGGUUUUGGCUCAUUUGAGUGAAGAGUCCAAUUGUAAACAUUUCCAAGGCCACAACGCACUCAAGCAACGGCACACAGGCCUGCAUCGGGGGGUUGGAGUUUAGGUAUCAGAGUAUAGUAAUUUCUAUAGUCGAGAGACCCCAAGUUAUUGAACCCGUCGCCCCACCCUAAAGAGCUUAGACUUGGCACAACUAAGUAGGGCAGGGGGUGCUACAUCUACAUUCAUCUUGCCUCGUUGCAUCUUCUUCAAGAAUUCGAUCAUCCAUGGAGGAAAAUGCCUUGGGGAGAAAAGGACAAAAUUGAACAGAAACUGAGGACAUUCAAGCUCAAGGGAACAAGUGCUCAGUUUGUCAGGAUUCUGGUUGUUGGUGAAGUCGGAGCAGGAAAGUCCAGUUUUAUAAACUCAGUCAAUAAUGCAUUUCAAGGACGAAUCACCGCUGAGGCUCUUGUUGACAGGACAGGAGGUACCAGUUUCACAAAGAACUACAAAACUCAUUAUAUUGAAGCAGAGGAUGGCUCCAAUUUGCCUUUUGUCUUUAAUGAUAUUAUGGGACUUGAGGACAGAGAGUCUGGUGCAAAGGCAGACGACAUCAUCAGAGCCAUAUAUGGGUUACUUCAGGAAGGAUACAAUUUUGAGGAUACAUGUGUGACGGACAUUAACUACAGAAGCAACCCAAGUGUCGAGCAUCAAACCACAUGCCUGGUCAACAUUGUUGCUGCAGACAAAAUAUCAAUGAUGAAGGAUGGGGUCUUUGAAAAGCUGAAAAAAAUCCGUCAGGCUGCUACCGAACGGAAUAUGCCUCAAGUAAUCAUCAUGACAAGACCAGAUGUAGCAUGUCCACUGGUUCAACAGGACUUAAGAAAGAUCUACACCAGCAAGAAGAUCAAGGAGAAGAUGGAAGUGUGUAGUAAUACAGUGGGGAUUCCUAUGAAUCACAUUUUCCCUGUGAAGAAUUACCAUGAGGAGAUAGACACAGAUGAUGACAUGGAUCUUCUGAUUCUCAAGGCACUUGAUCAGAUUGUGCACAUCGCUGCUGACUGGUUAAAGGAAAAAUCAUUUAAAUGUGGUGAAGAAACUGAGUAGGGACUCAGAUCACAAUGCCUCUGUGUAUUAAUGUAACCCAAAGUGAUUUACACAGCAUUUAAAAAACACAGUAGGAGACACGAUUACUGCUGAUUGGAGAAGAGAACCAAGUAUGUAUUGCUACAAUAAGUGUUAUGCUGUUUUCAGUAUUUAUGGAGCACAUUAGAUUAUUUAACUUUAGUUCCAGUUACUGAUUUAAUCAACCCUAAAAUGUAAGCAAGGAAUUCUAUGUAAAUGUUAAUCUUACCAAUAAAAAAUAAAGUUUUUACCUAAAGAACAAAACCCUUUCU